ACUACUAAAAAAAAGCAUUUACAUACGGUAAAAAAAGUAUCUAUAAAUGUUUGCACAAGGCAGUAGUCAUAGGCACUCAACACAAACUCUUUACUAAUACUCUUAGGAAUGGCUUCUUCUUCUUCAACCAAGUUUGUUCUGUUCCCAUGUCUUUUUUUAGCUUGCCUCUUUCUGUUCACAUUCUCAAACAACCUCAUCGUGGCUGAGAAAUCCGACAAAGUGAAGCUCAAUCUUUACUAUGAAUCACUUUGUCCCUAUUGUCAGAAUUUCAUCGUCCAUGAUCUAGGUAAAAUCUUUGACUCCGAUCUCCUCAAAAUCACUGAUCUCAAGCUUGUUCCAUUCGGUAACGCUCAUGUCUCCAAUAAUCUGACUAUUACUUGCCAGCAUGGUGAGGAGGAAUGCAAACUAAACGCCCUCGAAGCUUGCGGUAUAAGAACUUUGCCCGAUCCGAAAUUGCAAUACAAGUUCAUACAGUGCGUUGAAAAGGAUACGAAUGAGUGGGGAUCAUGUGUUAAAAAAUCUGGACGUGAGAAAUCCAUCAAUGAUUGUUACAAUGGUGAUCUCUCUAAAAAGCUGAUAAUUGGGUAUGCAAAACAAACCUCGAGUUUGAAGCCUAAACAUGAAUACGUUCCAUGGGUCACACUCAACGGCAAACCACUCUAUGAUAAUUACCAUAAUUUGGUUGCGCAAAUCUGCAAAGCGUACAAAGGAAAGGCUCUACCAAAAUUAUGCAGUUCCUCUGCCCUGUUUGAGAGGAAAGUGUCGAAGCUUCAAGUCUCCUAUGUAGAUGAAGUUAUCAAUCACUGAGUUAAUUAACAAACUUCUUAUUAAACUAAGAUGGAUUUAAGCUUUAUGCUAUAAGUGGAAUGAUAAAUAAAGACGUUUCUUCUAAACUUGUAUGUUUACGCGUUCAUGAACCUUCUGCUUUAUCUAUUUUUUCCUUAUAA